UAGGCACAGGCGAUAUAGGAAAAUUUAGUACAUUGUCGCACUGUACAUGUGCCCUAAAUAUUUUGAUUUCCAUUUUAUUUACAUUUUUCUGUUGAUAUUUGGCGACAACUGACUGGAAAAUGAACGUCAGCGAGGAUUUCAAACCGGUGCCCACGCGAGCGGCCCUGGCGCUGCAGAAGAAGCAGGAAAACAGCGGUUUUCAGGCACUCGUCUUCCACGAACCGAGGGCGCCUGUUAAAAAUGCGGCCAAAAAACGGGACGAAGGAUCCGAGAAGUCCCACAAAAUCAAGGAAGCUGGAAACGAACUGAAUCCCGAGUUCGACAUCAAAAGAGCUCGCCACGAGGUCCUCAACUUUGCCAUGAAAAACCAGCGGGUGAUCAAAAACAAGAGCAAAAUGGAAAUGUUCCAGCUGGUCAAGCUGGGCGCCAAGCCUCUAAAGAAACCAUCCAAAAACUACAAGGACCUGAAGGACGAGCGCCAGCGGCUGAAGAACAUUCGCGAGGAGCGGAAGAAGUUCCAUCAGCUGGGCAAAAAUCAAGCGGGCGCAGCCAGCGUCAAGUGCCGCAGUAAAUCGCAAAAGGAUCGCAACGACAAGAAGCGGGCGCCCGUUUCCCACAUCGAUCAGCACUACGGCAAGGCGCAGCCCAAGUUCAAGACGAGAAAAUAGUCGUAGAAUAGUUUAGACCUAGCAAUAAACUUAAUUUAGUGAACUGCCACAAACCAAUGUUCUAAUUUUCGCCCGCGUGUUCAACACAAGUUUGCUCUAUCGACAGGCGGAAAACUUGGAGUAGUUCCUAAUACUCCCUUUUAUUACAUCCACAGUACUAUUUUUAUAUAAUAAAUUUAAAUAUAUGCUUAAUUAGUAUUU